AUGUCCGGCUCCUGUGAAGUCUGUUCUUUGGAGCCCUUCAAGUAUCGCUGUCCAACAUGUGAAGUAAAGAGCUGCUCGCUUGCAUGCACGCAAGCCCAUAAGAUAUACUGCACUCCCAAACCUGUCCUACCAAUCGAGAGCCAACCUCCUUCAGAUACAAGUCAACUUCAAUUUCAAAAUGGAGAAAGUCACCAAGCUACAGCUAGCUCAGCGCCAAACACCAAGCAGGACAAGAGCCCCGCUGGUGGAAUAGAUAAAUAUACAGAACUCAAGGAACUCCUCGACCGUUUCCCGCAACUUCGCUCCCAGCUACGAGAAAUAUACGAGGCCACGCAGGAAGAGAAAUGGGUAGAAUGGUACAGGCCGCCUAUGCGAGGUCGCCCAUCUGCUCGUGGAAGAUCACAAGGCAAAAAGAGCAGGGGACCUUGGACAGCCGAGAAAGGUUUCAAGCGCGGCCUUGGGAAAGUGCGGAAAUUUAGACAGGACUGUGAUGAUGAGGAGGAGACUGGGACUCCUGCUGAGGCGUUUAUGAGAUUUUAUGACCUGGCCAUUGAAGGUAUGCUGCCUAAAUGA